GUUACUAAAUUCUUUAUAUCAAAGGAUUCUAGAUUGAUCUACUGCCAUAAUAAGCAAAAUGUGAUCGUGUUCUCAAUUCUGUAUUUAAUAUACCGUAUAUAUUUGUAUGCAUACAUUAGAUGCGUAAAAGUGAGAAGAAGAAAUCUUUUAAAAAAUCAGAAUGAAAGAACAGAUCUUUUACCAGUUUCUAGUCGUAAUGAUGUUGUUGUCAUCAUCUCAAAUUCAGGGGGAGAGAUGUGAUGAUAUAGGCAUAGAAUUUCUGAGGGGAUGUCCAGAUAUUAUCGACAAGGAGCUGCCAACUCCACCAAGACCAUCCCAAGAUUGUUGCACUCUUAUCCGAAUCAUCGGGAUGAAAUGCGUAUGCGAAGUCAUCAAUAAGAGAAUCGAAGCCGUCAUUGAUAUGCAAAAGCUAGUCAAUGUCGCCGCUGCUUGUGGUCAUCCUCUUGCUCCUGGUUCACAUUGCGGAAGUUACCUAGUUCCCGGUGGCAUGGUGAGACAUCAUCACGGGUAAUUUGAAGACCGCCCCUAUUCUCUAUCUUAUUGAACUUGCCUAGUUUGUAUGGCUUAUAGUAGAAAUCAAUAAAUCAGAUUCAAUAUU